GGCCCCCGCCCCGGGCGCCUUCGGCAGCCUGGCCCCGCCGCUGGGGCCGCCCGCGCUGCUCGGGGAGCCGCCGGCCAGCAGGAAGAAGAGCGUGAACAUGACCGAGUGCGUGCCCGUGCCCAGCUCCGAGCACGUCGCCGAGAUCGUGGGCCGGCAAGGCUGCAAAAUCAAAGCCCUGCGUGCCAAGACCAACACGUACAUCAAGACGCCGGUGAGGGGCGAGGAGCCCGUGUUCAUCGUCACCGGGAGGAAGGAGGACGUGGAGAUGGCGAAGCGGGAGAUCCUCUCGGCCGCCGAGCACUUCUCCAUGAUCCGGGCCACGCGCAACAAAGUGAACGGGCUGACGGGGGCCAUGCAGGGACCCCCCAACCUGCCGGGCCAGACCACCAUCCAGGUGAGGGUCCCGUACCGGGUGGUGGGGCUGGUGGUGGGGCCCAAGGGGGCCACCAUCAAGCGGAUCCAGCAGCAGACGCACACCUACAUCGUGACGCCCAGCCGGGACAAGGAGCCCGUGUUCGAGGUGACGGGCAUGCCCGAGAACGUGGACCGUGCGCGGGAGGAGAUCGAGGCGCACAUCACCAUGAGGACAGGCUCCUUCAUCGACGUCAACGCCGACAACGACUUCCACUCCAACGGCACCGACGUCUGCCUCGACCUGCAGGGCAGCGCGGGCGGCCCGUGGGCCAAGGCCCCCCACCCCGCCCACCCCGCCCACCGCUCCUCGGCCGCCCUGCGCAACGACAGCCUCAGCUCCCUGGGCAGCGCCUCCACCGAGUCCUACUACAGCGGGCGGGUGGCGGCCGCCAGCCCCACCAGCCCCUACAGCACCUUCAGCGAGCCCCCGGCCCCGCUGGGCUCCGAGGAGUGCGACUUCGGCUUCGACUUCUUGGCCCUCGACCUCACCACGCCCACCACCACCAUCUGGUCACCCUUUGAGCGCUCGGGCAACCCCCUGCAGGCCUUCAGCAGCUGCUCCUCCAUCAACAGCUCGCAGAGACGCAACAGCGGCCCGGCCACGCCGCGCCACUCGCCCACCCUGCCCGAGGGCGGCGCGGGGCUGGAGCACCCCUGUGCCCGCCGCAUCCCCAGCGACCCCGCCGGCGCCCUGGCCUGGCUGCCCGCCCAGGGCUCGCUCUCCUCCUUCUCCAACAGCACCGGCUACUCCUCCUCUUCCUCGCUGCCCGGCAGCAUCUCGGCCGCCUCGGGCUCGCCCACCGACUCGAGCAGCUCGGACGGGCACCGCAAGAGCUCCCGGGAGUGCAUGGUGUGCCUGGAGAGCGAGGUGAUGGCCGCGCUGGUGCCCUGCGGCCACAACCUCUUCUGUAUGGAGUGUGCCCUGCGCAUCUGCGGCCGGGCACAGCCGCAGUGCCCCGCGUGCCACGCGCCCGCCACCCAAGCCAUCCACAUCUUCUCCUAGCCCGGGGGGCUGGCCGGGCAGCCCCCCCCCUCCCUCCUCCACCCCGACACGGCGUUUUAAGGACUGUAAACUGUUUAAAUCGAGCUUUUUAUUUAAUAACGGAUCCGAUGGGCGCACGGGGCGGGAGGGGGGAGAGGCUGCUGUGAGAGGAGAGGCGGAGAGGGCACGG